GGCUUCUUCUUAAAUGAAUUGGCGGGGAUGGACGGUCCCGGGGUCUUCCUGGAGGAGACGGCCGGGGUGCCCGGUCAUUAUUGACUGGGGGAGGUUCAGUCCUCGAAGACUCGCGGAGCGCGGGCGGCGGGGCGGGCGGCGCCGAGAAACAGCGGCUGCGGGCAGGCGGCGGGAGCGAGGGACGCGGAGCCGGCCGCCACCGCCUAGCAGCCCUCCAGCAGUCCGUGCGUCCGUUCGCCAGUGCGUUCUCCGCGGGUCGCGGCGGGUCCGGCAGCCGAGCCCAUGCAGCCGCGCAGCGAGCGCCCGGCGGGCAGGACGCAAAGCCCGGAGCACGGCAGCCCGGGCCCCGGGCCGGAGGCGCCGCCGCCACCGCCGCCGCCGCAGCCGCCAGCCCCGGAGGCAGAGCGUGCACGUCCUCGGCAGGCCCGGCCCACAGCCCCAAUGGAGGGUGCAAUGCAGCUGCUGAGCCGUGAGGGCCACACUGUGUCCCACAAUUCCAAACGGCACUACCAUGAUGCCUUCGUGGCCAUGAGCCGCAUGCGGCAGCGUGGCCUCCUGUGUGACAUCGUCCUGCACGUGGCAGCCAAGGAGAUCCGAGCACACAAGGUGGUGCUGGCUUCUUGCAGCCCCUACUUCCACGCCAUGUUCACAAAUGAGAUGAGUGAAAGCCGCCAGACGCAUGUGACUCUGCACGACAUCGACCCUCAGGCCUUGGACCAGCUGGUGCAGUUUGCGUACACUGCUGAGAUUGUGGUGGGCGAAGGAAACGUGCAGGUGAGGCUGCCUCAUUGCACAUCGCACACCUUUGCCCAGCCCAGCACCUCAGCUCCCAGUGUCCCCUCGAUUCUUCACGUCCCGUUUCCCUGUCCCUGCUCCUGUGGCGCUCUCUCUCCUCUCACCCCACAGACUCUGCUCCCAGCGGCCAGUCUCCUGCAGCUGAAUGGUGUCCGUGACGCCUGCUGCAAGUUCCUGCUGAGUCAGCUCGACCCCUCCAACUGUCUGGGCAUCCGGGGCUUUGCUGACACGCACUCAUGCAGCGACCUGCUCAAGGCAGCACACAGGUAUGUGCUGCAGCACUUCGUGGAUGUGGCCAAGACUGAGGAAUUCAUGCUGUUGCCACUAAAGCAGGUGCUGGAACUGGUCUCUAGCGACAGCCUGAACGUGCCUUCAGAGGAAGAUGUCUACCGUGCCGUCCUGAGCUGGGUCAAACAUGACGUGGAUGCUCGGAGGCAGCAUGUCCCGAGGCUGAUGAAGUGUGUGCGCCUGCCCCUGCUGAGCCGGGACUUCCUGCUGGGCCACGUGGAUGCGGAGAGCCUGGUGAGGCACCAUCCUGACUGCAAGGACCUGCUUAUUGAGGCCCUCAAGUUCCACCUGCUACCAGAGCAGAGGGGCGUUCUGGGCACCAGCCGUACACGGCCCCGGCGCUGUGAGGGAGCUGGCCCAGUGCUCUUUGCUGUGGGUGGUGGGAGCCUAUUCGCCAUCCAUGGGGACUGUGAAGCCUACGACACACGCACUGACCGCUGGCACGUGGUGGCCUCCAUGUCCACACGCCGGGCCCGAGUGGGUGUGGCAGCAGUUGGGAACCGGCUGUAUGCUGUGGGUGGUUACGAUGGGACUUCAGACCUGGCCACCGUAGAGUCGUACGACCCUGUGACCAACACCUGGCAGCCCGAGGUGUCCAUGGGCACGAGGCGCAGCUGCCUGGGUGUGGCUGCCCUGCACGGGCUCCUGUAUGCAGCUGGUGGCUACGAUGGGGCCUCCUGCCUCAACAGUGCUGAGCGCUACGACCCUCUGACGGGAACAUGGACAUCCAUCGCUGCCAUGAGCACCCGGAGGCGAUAUGUACGUGUGGCCAUGCUUGAUGGGAACCUAUAUGCUGUGGGUGGUUAUGACAGCUCAUCACACCUGGCAACUGUGGAGAAGUAUGAGCCCCAGGUAAACGCAUGGACCCCCGUGGCCUCCAUGUUGAGCCGACGAAGCUCAGCAGGGGUGGCGGUGCUGGAGGGGGCCCUCUACGUGGCCGGCGGCAAUGAUGGCACCAGCUGCCUCAAUUCUGUGGAAAGAUACAGCCCUAAGGCCGGUGCCUGGGAGAGCGUGGCACCCAUGAACAUCCGAAGGAGUACACACGACUUGGUGGCCAUGGACGGCUGGCUGUAUGCCGUGGGAGGCAACGACGGCAGCUCUAGCCUCAACUCCAUCGAGAAGUACAACCCAAGGACCAACAAGUGGGUGGCCGCGUCCUGCAUGUUCACGCGGCGCAGCAGCGUGGGCGUGGCCGUGCUCGAGCUGCUCAACUUCCCACCGCCCUCCUCGCCCACGCUGUCCGUGUCGUCCACCAGCCUCUGACCCGCGGCGCGGACUGCACUGAGGCCCGGCCCCCCGGCCUCCCACAUGCCUUAAGCCCCACAGGGCGGGCCCCAGCGCCUUGUGUGUCGGGGGCAGGAUGCUCGGCCCCCCCACCAGGAAAGUCUUGCCCUGUCUGUCCUUGUCUCUCUGCGUCGAGGCUGUCCAUGUCUGUGUUCGUUUCUCAGUGUUUGUUUACGUGUGUGCCAUUUAUUUACUUACUGGUUUAUUUAUUUAUUAUUUAUUGGUCGAUGAGCAGUGCAGCACCUACUAGUUUACAUGUUUCCCCUUGAAGUGUCCUGUGUCUCUGGGACCAAGCUGCCUUUCCAGGUGUCCUCCUGUCCCCCUGGGGGCAUCAAGAAGCAAUGGGUUUGGACACUUGAAUCUCGCAUGGGUCAGGGGUGAACUCCAACUCUGUAGACCUGGAGGGACUGAGGGGACAGGUGCAGAGCAGCAGGCCAGGGUUAGUGGGGUGGGGGUUUUCUGAGCAGGUGCAGACCCUUCUAGCCUGGGCUUAGCAUAGCACCCCUACCUUGCCCAGCCAGGCACGCUCCCAAGAAGGGCAUGAAGCAAGCUUCCUUCUUGUGGGCAUGGUGUCUCUUCUGGAUCCUGCACUGAGCUGAGCACAAGCGUGCCACAGAUCCCAUACAGCAAUAUGAGCCAACUUGAACAAUAAACAUGUUUCUUGGGC